GGGGAAAAAAGCAACGACCCUGGAGGGUCACGUCAGUGGCCAAUGCAACAAACCCAUGUCACUGCCCGCUCACAGCCUUACGCUCGAACAAGUCAAGACCGAGCUGAAGACUGAAGAAUGGCAUGGUCUGGACGACGCCGAAGCCAAGCGCCGUGUCGAUGAGUACGGCUCCAACGAACUUGGUGAGGCUGAGAGCGUCUCGCCAGUAAAAAUUCUGAUUGCUCAAGUCGCCAAUGCCAUGACUCUAGUUCUCAUCAUGGCUAUGGCCGUCAGCUUUGGUAUCAAGUCUUGGAUUGAAGGUGGUGUCGUCGCCUUCGUCAUCGGACUGAACAUUGUCGUUGGCUUCUUUCAAGAGUGGUCUGCCGAGAAGACUAUGGAUUCUCUACGAUCACUCAGUUCACCAACCGCCCGUCUCAUUCGUAGUGGCCAACAGGUCACAGUACCCUCCGCUGAAGUCGUUCCCGGAGAUGUCAUUGAGGUCAAGGUUGGAGACACCAUCCCUGCCGAUAUUAGGGUUUUUGACGCAGUCAACUUCGAGACUGACGAAGCCUUACUUACCGGAGAGUCCCUUCCUGUUCGCAAGCAAGAGGACGCUACCUUUGAUGAGAAGACUGGCCCUGGUGAUCGCCUUAACGUCGCCUACAGUUCGUCCUCGGUCACCAAGGGCAGAGCCAAGGGAAUCGUUUUCGCGACUGGCGCCUACACUGAGAUUGGCGCCAUCGCUGCUCAACUCCGUGAGACCAAGUCGAAAGUUCGACCAGUCAAGCGAAAGGAGAACGGAAAGGCAAAGCCACAUCGUUACCUCGAGGCUUACACACUUACCACUACCGACGCUAUCGGUCGCUUUUUGGGUCUCAACGUAGGAACACCUCUCCAGAAGAAGCUUUCCAAGCUAGCAGUAUUGCUCUUCUUCAUCGCUGUUGUUUGUGCCAUUAUUGUCCUUGCAGCCAACGAGUUCAGUUCUCGCCAGGAAGUCAUCAUUUACGCUGUCGCGACAGGCUUGUCCAUGAUUCCAGCUAGUUUGGUCGUUGUGCUCACAAUUACUAUGGCAGCGGGCACCAAAUCCAUGGUCACGCGAAAUGUCAUCGUCCGUAACCUCAAGUCCCUGGAGGCUCUCGGUGGUGUUACCGAUAUUUGCUCCGACAAGACAGGAACACUCACCCAGGGUAAGAUGAUUGCCCGCGGUGCUUGGGUUCCAGGCGUUGGAACAUACACUAUUGAGGAUUCCAAUUCUCCCCAAGACCCAACCGCUGGUCACGUCCGCUUUGGCUCCGCAGCUCCUAGCAAGAUGGACCUCAAGGCUGGAGGUGAUGCUUGUGGUGAGCGUCUCUCUGUCGACAAGCUUGAGGCCCACAAUGUCGAGGGCUUCGGCGAGUUCCUCAAAGUCGCAUCUCUGGCUAACUUAGCUGCUGUCAAGCAAAACAACGAAGGUGCGUGGGAGGCCCACGGAGAUCCCACCGAAAUCGCUAUCCAGGUUUUCGCAUCUCGAUUCGGUAUGAACCGUAGCCAUCUCGUAAAGGGCGAUUCUGCUACGUGGGAGGAUCUUGUUGAGCUUCCUUUCGAUUCCGACGUCAAGCGCAUGUCCGUUAUCAUGAAACACGCAAGUGGCAACUACGCUUUCACCAAGGGUGCCGUAGAGCGCGUUAUCCAGAGCUGUACCACCUACCUCGCCGAUGGCAAGGAGCAAUCCCAGCCUGUCACUGAGGAGUUCCGUAACGAAAUCCUCGCCCACAUGGCAUCUUUGGCCGGUCUUGGUCUGCGUGUCUUGGCUUUGGCUAGCAAGAAGUAUCCCGCCGACGUCGAGAAGGGCGCCGAGGUUGAACGUGCCUCUGUAGAAUCUGAGCUUGUCUUCCGUGGUCUGAUUGGUCUUUACGAUCCUCCCCGCCCCGAAUCCGCUGUCGCUGUCCGCCAAUGCCACGAGGCUGGUAUUGAGGUCCAUAUGUUGACUGGAGACCAUCCAGAUACGGCGCGCGCAAUCGCUAUCGAAGUUGGUAUCUUGCCAUCCGCUGAGCGUUACAAGAAGAUCUCUACCGAUGUCGCCAAGAACCUUGUUAUGACCGCUUCCGAGUUCGACGACCUUUCCGAUGACCAAGUCGAUGAGCUUCCUGUUCUGCCAUUGGUUGUGGCCCGUUGUGCGCCUAGCACCAAGGUCCGCAUGAUCGAAGCUCUCCACCGCCGCGACCGAUUCUGCGCCAUGACUGGUGACGGUGUCAACGAUUCUCCUUCGCUCAAGCGUGCCGAUGUUGGUAUUGCCAUGGGACAGGCCGGUUCAGACGUCGCCAAGGAAGCCUCCGACAUCGUCCUCACAGACGACAACUUCGCGUCCAUUCUCGCCGCCAUUGAAGAAGGUCGUCGUAUUUUUGACAACAUCCAGAAGUUUGUGUUGCACGUCUUGGCUGAGAACGUCGCUCAGGCUGGUACGCUUCUCGUUGGUCUCGCCUUCAAAGACAGGACUGGUCUUUCCGUCUUUCCUCUCGCUCCUGUACAGGUUGUCUGGAUUAUCAUGGCUACUUCAGGAUUGCCAGACAUGGGUCUCGGUUUUGAACGUGCUGUGCCUGACAUUCUGCAACGCCCACCUCAAUCUCUCAAGACAGGUAUCUUCACCUUGGAGUUCCUUGUCGACAUGGUCGUUUAUGGUCUCUGGAUCACUCUUCUCUGCUUGGCCAGUUUCGUCCUCGUUGUCUUUGGUUUCGGUGAUGGUGAACUUGGUACGGGUUGCAACGAGACAUACUCCGAACAGUGUGAGUUGGUGUUCCGCGCCCGCGCUUGCACAUUUGCCUGUUUGACAUGGUUCGCUCUCUUCCUCGCCUGGGAGAUGAUUGAUAUGCGUCGGUCUUUCUUCCGCAUGCAGCCUGGCAGCAAGCGCUACUUCACCCAGUGGAUGUUUGAUGUAUGGAGGAACCAGUUCCUCUUCUGGGCCAUCAUGGUUGGUUUUGUUCUCCUGUUCCCGCUCAUCUACAUCCCCACGCUCAACACAGUCGUGUUCAAGCAUGCGCCUAUCGACUGGGAGUGGGGUAUCGUUUUCAUCGAGACCGGCAUCUUCUUUGCAGGUAUUGAGUUCUGGAAGUGGUGCAAGCGCGUCUACUUCCGCCGCAAGGGAGCCAAACACGGUACCGGAAAGGUUGACAAGAACAUGGAGAUCGAGGACCGUGUCUUUGGUCGUUACUAUAGCCGCGACUCAUCCACCACUGGCAACGAGAGCGUGCAGGAGAAGGCUUAGGCGUUCAGUCUGAGAUAUUGUAAAGAGACAAGGCUGCAGAUGCGUUCCACCAGCAGAACACCUGCCCAGCACAAAAGUUAGUUACCUUAGUAUAUAGAAUGAUUAGAAAUGACCACGACAACGUAGCUUGCGUUAACAAUAAAAUGAUAUUAUA